AUGGAGAGAUGGGUGGAGAGAGGUUUGUUUGGGAUUGAUGGAGAGAUGGGUGGAGAGAGAGUCGAUGUCAAGGACAAACCAUACUACAGAGUCGAUGUCAAGGACAAACAAUACCACAGAGUCGAUGUCAAGGACAAACCUUACUACAGAGUCAAUGUCAAGGACGAAACAUACUACAGAGUCAAUAUCAAGGACAAACUAUACCACAGAGUCGAUGUCAAGGACAAAUCAUACUGCAAAGUCAAUGUCAAGGACAAACAAUACCACAGAGUCGAUGUCAAGGACAAAACUUACUACAGAGUCGAUGUCAAGGACAAACCAUACUACAGAGUCAAUUUCAAGGACAAACCAUACUACAGAGUCGAUGUCAAGGACAAACCAUACUACAGAGUCGAUGUCAAGGACGAACAAUACCACAGAGUCGAUGUCAAGAACAAACCUUAUUACAGAGUCAAUGUCAAGGACAAACUAUACUACAGAGUCAUGGUCAAGGACGAAACAUACUACAGAGUCAAUAUCAAGGACAAACUAUACCACAGAGUCGAUGUCAAGGACAAACCAUACUACAAAGUCAAUGUCAAGGACAAACUAUACCACAGAGUCGAUGUCAAGGACAAACCAUACUACAGAGUCAAUGUCAAGGACAAACUAUACCACAGAGUCAAUGUCAAGGACAAACCAUACUACAGAGUCAAUAUCAAGGACAAACUAUACCACAGAGUCGAUGUCAAGGACAAACUAUACCACAGAGUCGAUAUCAAGGACAAAGUUAUCAUAGAGUCUACACAAAGGAUCAAAUUAACAGGAACCAGGGAAGAAAUAAAGCAGAAUGUACAGGCAUUGACAAUAAAUAGGUUUACCAACGAUCAAAGACACCGCUCAAAUUGA